CCUUGAGUCAUGUUAGGACGGAAAACCAAGUGUAUAUAGAAUACACUUGACUUAACUCGCCAAAAUGGCCGUCACUCACUUGCAGCUAGUGACUCCAUGGGUUCCACACAUUGGAAGAAGAGAGGAAGUUCACUAAGGAUUGGUGUAUUCACGAAGUGAUUUAUGAUAAACAUAGAAAAAAAUCUUUUGCGAUGGAAAAGCAUAUAAAACCUUUGACAAAUCACAAUGUGGAUUCUCAGUUCCUGGCUGUGUUAGCUGCAAUAAUUGCAAUUAUUGUAACUAUAGUGUUAUUUGCCAUAUGGCACAGGAGAAGGUCUAUAGGAAACAGUAUAUUAUUAACUGGACUUAGUGAUGCUGGUAAAACACUGAUAUAUGCACGUCUACUUUGUUCUAAAUUUGUUAAGACACACACAUCUGUAAAAGAAAAUACAGGAGAUAUCAUAAUCAAUAAUCGGUCCUUAAAGAUUGUUGAUAUACCUGGACAUGAACGCCUGCGUUAUAAAUUUUUUGAUCAAUUCAAGUUAUCCGCAAAAGGUCUUGUUUAUGUGAUCGAUUCAGUGACUUUCCAAAAAGAUAUCCGAGAUGUAGCAGAAUUUUUAUAUAAUUUACUCUGUGAUCCUGCUGUACAUAAGAAAUCUAUACUUGUAUUAUGCAAUAAACAAGAUCAGACUAUGGCAAAAGGUGCAGCUGUUAUAAAGACUCUAUUAGAGAAAGAAAUGAAUUUACUACGUAUGACAAAAAAAAGUCAGUUAGAAGCUACAGAUGCAUCAGCAACAAAUGUUUUUCUUGGCAAGCAGGGGAAAGAUUUUGACUUCUCCCAUUUGGAUACAAACAUUGAGUUUGCUGAAUGUAGUGCAUAUAAUAAAGAUUCCGAAACUUCUGCGGGUAUUGAGCAACUAAACAAUUGGCUAAAGAAAAUUGUAUAAAAAUAUCCUUUCACUUAUUGAAAUAAAUUAUUUGUUUUUAACUUUUUAAA